CUUCUCUGCGACUCCUCCCUCUUUGGAAACAACAGACCCUUGCUAGAGGAGAACAAGGAUGGAAAAGGAAAAUGAUAUGGCAGUUGAAAUUUGGAGAGAUGCUUUUCAGGAUAAAAUCGAAGAGUUGUUAUUGCCUCAUGUUUGGAACUUAACAGUAAAUACCAAUCUCCAGAAACAGCCAGGGUGGCUGCAAUACACACAAUGCACAUAUGGCAGGUUUCGUUGCUCACUGUGUUCCCGUUGGUGGAACUCUGCUGAAAUACAUGUAUUAUUCCUCAUGAAGCUGGACAGAACCAUGAGACGUGGCACGGUGAACAUGCAGAUAUUCAGACAGGAAUGCAAGAAAUGCACUGCUGCUGUCAUGGAAAAACCAGAGAUUUCCCAGGAGAACAUUAGAAUAAUCAUUGGUAACCUAGUCAACAGGAUCCAGAGAAAGUUCUAUUCGCCUAACAGCUGGGAUCUAGAUGAAAAGCCAGUUUUGUAUAGUGAAAGAAGGGAAGGCCCUCAUAACAAGGAACACUGUGAGGCCUGCAAGCAGAAUGUCUGUCGGUGGCAGGUGUUAGAGAUGAAAACAGAAAGGCAGCAGGCAGCUGAAUUCAGUUCAGCAGGAAGAAACCCAAAUGAGACAAGAUUUAGAGGAGAGAUGGAUCAUUCCAGGCUGAUGAACUCAAACCCCAGACCACCACCUACAGUAAACCAGCCAUCAGCGGACAAUCAAGGAAUCACUUUUGUUGGCCUUGUAUCUGCAGUGAUUUGUGGUUUAGCUUUGCUAUAUCUUUCCAAAAAAUGAGAACUUUGCAGAAAAAAGGCUCUGUCCCUUAAAUGGGCAAUUUUAAAAAAUGCAUAUAUUAUCAAUAUGCAAUAAAUGAUCUCACAGCAAUCUGGGUUGUUAGGCACCCUUCACUGAAUAUAACCUUGGAAGCUGGGUCAGCCCCUCUUGUUGAACUCUUUCCAAUAAGCCCUCGUGUGGUACAUGCACACUAUGCUUGUGCUCCCGUAGACGAUACUCUGCCCAGUGCAUUUAUCAGUGCACCAAUGAAUAUAAAUUUUCUUCCCCUUUAAUUUUACUUAUGCAUUGUCAAUCUGAACGAAGCCCAAAAUACAGACUGGCUAUUUUGUUUCUAAUUGCACUAUUUGUGGAACAUUGUAAUAAAAUGUUUAUAGUCAAUCAAUAAAUGAUAAUAUCA